AUGGUUGAGCCAACUAUCAUGCAAAAAGUGUCAAAUUUGGAAAAACUGAGGAUGAUAUCUUUGUCAUCACAAUUGUUAGUUUCCAUUGUAAAUGACUUGGUGGAUUAUUCAAAAAUGCUUGCUGGGGUUUUUACUAUACAAAAAGGCAUAUGCUUGCUGGAAAGUAUUAUAAAUAAUGUGGCGCAGCUCAUCAAAAUCCAAGCAGAAACGAAAUUAAUACAGUUAUAA